CGCUGCCGGAGGACGCUGGCGAGCUGUAUCGCGGCAUUAGAGGCAUGUGUGACCGCGGCAUGCGGCCGCUUUCGCUUAUGCUGCGCUUUCAGGGAGCCAGCCUGACGACGGACGCCCGCCGCAGUUAUGGGCUCGCUGUCCUGCGGGCGCUCGGCCCCUCGCCUGAACCGGCCUCUGCUGCGGCUGGCGGCGGCGAGCACGGAGCGGCCGAGGGCGAUGGCGGGCGCGGGGGCGGGGCCCGGGACGGGGGCGGGCGCUGCGGGGGCGGGGGCUGCGGGGGCGGCAGCAUCCGCAAGCUGCGCCUGGAGGGGCUGCCUCUGGGCUGUGUGCAGGUGCGCCGCGCCCUGCGUGCAGCCACACCCGGAUUGAAGGCACUCAAACUGUACGGGUAUGCGCUUGGGUGUCAGGACAGCAGCAGCAGCAGCAGCAGUGGCGGCAGCGGCCGAGGCGGCAGUGGUGGCAGAAGAAAUAGUGAAGGUGGGGCUGCUGAAGAAAGCGGGGGCAGCGGCAGUAGCAGCAGUAGCAGUGGCUGCGGCGUGGCAGCACUGCUACAGCUGCUGGGUCCGCGGCUGCAGGAGGUGACUUUCCAGGACUGCACAGCGGCGCCCCCGGCAGUAGCGGCAGUAGCAGCAGCACCAGCAGCAGGAGCAGGAGCCUACAACCGCAGUGCCCCUGCGGCAGUAGCAGGAGCAGCAGCAGAAGCCGGGGCUACGGAGGAUGCGCAGCAGCAGGAGCAGGCGACAGACUGGGCCGCACCACUGCUGGCAGCGCUGCAAGGCUGUAGCAGCCUGCGCUACCUGGGGCUGCGCAGUGCUACAGCCUGCUGCCCGCUGCUGCAGCGGCUGCUGUUACUGCCGGCGCCGCCGCCGCCGCUGCUGCCACAACCGGGGCCUGCCGCAGGAACCCGGCUGGCGGCAGCGACUGCCGCCGCCACUGAUGCCGGCGCCGCAGCAGUAGCAAAUGACACGGACGUGUGGUGGGCGGUGCUGGGGCGGCUGCGUGCCCUCAAACUCCAGUCGCCGCUGGCACCCCCCUCGGGCUCCUCGCUGGCCCCCCGGCCGACGUACCCAAUGUACGACAGCGGCAUCAGCGGUGGGCGGUACGGCACGCGGGACACGAGGGACCCGGCACGCGUGGCGGCGGCGGCGCUGUGUGGCGUGCUGAGGCAGCUGAGCGGCCUGACGCGGCUCGAGCUGGGGGAGCGGCUGGAGGAGGUGACGUGUCUGGCGCCGCUGCUGCUACUGCCGCCGCUGCAGCCGCAGCAGGGGCAGUGCGGUGGCAGUAGCAGCAGCAGCGGUGCGCAGCAGGUGGAAGGGGAGGGACAGGGCGAAGGGGAGGGGGCAGGAACGGCGGCGCGGGCCCUCGGCUGCAGUGGCGGUUGCGGCGGCGGCGGCAGCAGCAGCGGGCUGGUGCCCGAGAAGGGAAGCCUGUCGUGGGGGUUGUGGCAGCUGCGGGAGUUGGACGUGGCGGCGGCGGCGGUGACCAGUGGCGAGGAGCUGGCAGCGCUGGCGGCGCUGACGGCGCUCACGCGCCUGUCGUUGUCCGCAAUCACAGUCACCGCCCCGCCCCUGCUACAGCCGCCGCAGCAGCACCCGCUGCCGCCGCGGCUGGUGGAGCUGGCUGUAGCCGAGCCGCUGUCUCCUUGGGCGCUGCUGGCGCUACAGCCGCCGCCCAGCCUGGCCGUACUACGCAUCACAGGCUUCGUGCUCGACAUGCGCGACACCGCCGACCCGCCGCCGGCAGCGCUACAGCCGUCAGCGCUACAGCCGCCGGUGCUGCAGCAGGGGCCGCCGCCGGCAGUAGCCGCAGCGGCGGCUGUAGCAGGUGAGCAGCAGCAGCCGCAGCUGCCGGAGUGGGGGGAACGCAUGCUGCCGGGCUCCGCCGCCGCGCUGGCGGCGGCGCUGGCGGCGCUGCAUGGCGGGCGCUUCGCCUACAGAGACCUAGGCAUAGAGCUGCACGUGGGGUUCAGCGGACCCGCACGCGGCCGGCGGCGCUACUUGCUGCCGCCGCCGCCGCCUCCCGGCAGCGCCUUGCAGGGGCUGAUAGGCGAGGCGGGUGGCAGUAGCAGCAGCAUGAACGGCAGUAGCAGCGGAGCUGGCUGUGGCGGCGGAAGCGGCGGCGGCGACGGCCAUGGUGUGUGGCUAUCCCAGCUCGGCGGCGUGUCUGGUGGUCUGCUGCAGGGUCUGGAGCUGGCUGGUCUGGUGCUGACGGCGGCGGACCUGCGUCUGGUGGCGCGGGCGCUGCCCGGGCUGGAGUUGAGGGGGCAAGGGGUUGGGGGUGGGGUUUGGGACUUGCGUCUGGACUGCCGCUACCCGCCGCCCGCGCUGCCGGCCCUGGCCGCGCUGCGGCGGCUGCGGCGGCUGCUGGUCAACGCGUCCUUCUGGGACGAAUUGCCGCCGCCGGCGGAGCGGCGGCAGGCUGAGCGGCGGCAGGCUGAGGCGCCGGCGAUUGAGGGGCGGCCGGUGGUGAAGAGACCAGUCGGGAAGGCGGCACGCCGUGACAGCGAGGAAGAGGAAGAGGAGGAGGAGGGUUGGGGCGCGGCCGCGGCAGUGGCGGCGGCAGCGGAGGCGGGGCCGGGCGGCUUUUGGCUGAGCCGCUUCGGCGAGGGUGCGGAGGCGGAGGCGGAGGCGGAGGCGGAGGAGCCCGUCCCGAGUUGGGGCCCAGGCACUGAUGACGACGACGGCUAUGAGUCGGAGGCGUCGGAGGAGGAGGCGGAGGCGGAGGCGGCGGGGGUGGCAGCAGAGGCGGCGUGGCAGAGGUGGGAUCCGGAUCUGCCGGUGGGCGAGGCGCUGCGGCGGCUGUGUGCGGCGGCGCCGGAGGGGCUGCGUGACGUGGCGCUGACGUCGGCGGGGCGGGCGGCGGCGCGGCACGUGGCGCUGCGGGCGGUGCUGGGGGCGGAGGGGGCGGUGGCGCGGGUGAGGACGGGGGCGCUGAGGGUGUGGGUGGCGCCGUGACGGCUGGCGUGGUGGUGUGGGGGCGUGGGUGCGGGUGUGGGUGUGGGUGCGUAUUAUAGCGGAGGGCAGAUAUGCGGUGACUGUGUGUGGGGGGGGGGGCGUCAUUAUUCAUAACUCGGAUGUUUCACUAUUCCCGUAAGGAACAGAAACCCGGGGCUCUCACAGACGUUCCGUGGGGGUGCAUGGAGUGAUGGCGUUCGUGCGCGAGGUUGGGUUUGCCGUGUGGGUUUGGCAUGCGGGCCGCUAAUCCACGCGGCCGCCAGACCCGGCGCGUGGAUUGCGCUGCAUUGCGCACACGGUUGUCCUUACCCUACCACGCCUUAGCAAGCGCAGCGUCUUAUGCAGCAUUGCAGAAACGCUGGCAUUGCAUCCAAGCCGAUAUAGCCAUAGGAUGACCCGUGGGUUUGCAGUCGAGCCUGUGUGACUGAGCGGCCCAACCCACCGCCUCUCAGAGGCGGCGGCGCUGCGCGGCAUUUUGCUCGGGUGCUGGCUCAGCGAUUUACAGAUUUGUUGUAACGGCGCAACACA